AUGGAUCGUCGGCUCCACGAGGCAUUGGUAAACGGUGAAGUUUCGCUCCUUCACAGCCUAACCGAAAAUGAUGAAAACAUCAUUAAACAAACAGUCCAAGGAUCGCAGCACACCGGACUGCACUUGGCUGCAAGAUUCGGGCACGAAGAAUUGGCAUCCGAGAUCAUAAAACUGUGUCCAGAGAUGGUUUCAGUGGAAAAUAUAGAGCUGGAAACACCUUUGCAUGAAGCAUGCAGAGAAGGGCAUUUGGAGAUCAUCAAACUAUUGCUGGAAAGUGAUAGUUCGAUCAUUUACAGAGUGAAUUCUCACGAAGAAAGUGCACUUUUCGCAGCGUGUGAGAGAGGGAAGAUUGAUGCAGUGAAGCAUCUGAUGAAUUUCCCUCGGCUAUUUAACCGUUCCCCCUCUUUUCCAGAAAUAGUGAAGGAAAUACUGAGAGUACGUCCCGACUUUGCUUGGAAAAAGGAUUUUCAUGGAUGCACACCACUGCAUUUAGCAUGCAGCAAAGGCCAUUUAGAGAUAACAAGAGAAUUUCUAAAGCUGGAUUCAGAUCUUUCCUCUAUACAAGAUAUUGAAGGCAAAACACCUCUUCAUUGUGCAGCAAUUAAAGGCAGAAUAAACAUAAUUGAUGAAAUAAUUUCUGCAAGUAUGGAAUCUGCUGAAAUUUUGACACACAAUAAGGAAACAAUUCUGCACUUAGCUGUCAAGAACAAUCACUUCGAAGUAAUUAGGUACUUAAUGGGAACACUUGACACAACAAAGCUUCUCAACUUGGCUGAUAGUAAUGGAAAUACUGUUCUGCACUUGGCUACCGCGGGAAAACUCGCCGGUAUGGUUGUAUACCUGCUUAAAUUUGGGAUGGAGGUUAAUGCUCUUAACUGCAAGGGAAAAACAGCUCUUGAUGUGGUUGAGGCAGAUGCAAGCAACUCAGGUGCUCUUGUAAUUGUACCAGCACUACAAGAAGCCGGUGCGAAAAGACGUAAUCAAUUAUCUACUCAACUGCUAGACGUUCGACAAAAUGCCAGCUCCACUUCUAAAAGUUCAGGUGAAAAUGUUGCAAGGAUGAAUUCACGGCCAAACAAGAAUUUAGAAGCAUCUGAUUCUCCCCAUCAUCGUCAUCACAGGCGAAAUCGCCUACAGAAAAAGCUGCUUGAUCUCCACUAUGAGAGUCUACGAAAUGCUCGACAUACCAUAACAAUAGUUGCAGUUCUAAUUGCAACUGUUACAUUUGCAGCAGGCAUAAACCCUCCCGGUGGAUUCUGUCAAGAAACUGCGUAUGCAAUUCUUGGAAGGCAAACUUCUUUUAAGGUUUUCUUGGUAUGCAAUAUUGUAGCUUUAUUCCUUUCUGUUGGCAUUGUGAAUGUUCUGGUAAGCAUUAUCCCUUUCAAGAGGAAAUCCAUGAUGAAAUUACUUACAAUAACUCACAAGGUAAUGUGGAUUUCUACACUGUUUAUGGCAUCAGCUUUUAUAGCAGCCAUUUGGUCAACAAUGCCAAAGGGAAAAGGAAACAGAUUGGUAAAAGUGGAACUAGUAGUAAUAGGAGGAGGGUGCACAAUGAUUGUAUUUUGCGGGCUUGGAAUAAUGUUGGCAAUGCAUUGGCGUAAAAAGAACAAAUGGAGGAAAGAAAAAGACAGAAGGCUUAGAGACAGAAGCCCGAGAAGUAAUGUCAGUGGCGUAGAAGAAAUGACAAUAAUGAGAAAAAGCUUCGAGAUGAGUAGUAACUCUGAUGUUGAUAGUUCUGACUAUGGUUACCACUUGUAUUAGGCAAUGGAAUUUAGGAGUUUUAGGCAGGGUUCUGAGUAACGCUUGAAUGACAGACUGAAACGUUGUUACCUCAGUUUCUGCACGCAAUGAUGUUCAUUGAUGGUUGAUGUUAUAUAAGCAAAAUUAUAUACGAGAUCAAGUUGGGAUGUAAUGUAAUAAAACAAAGCAAAUCUUGAUGAAUGAAGUCUCACAUUGGAUCAUCAGAUGAGACAUGGAAAACAGGCUGACCACGACCAAGCAAACCAUACUCAUUCAGUUCAUCUCUUCGAAUUUUCCUAAUAUUGUAUUUUACAGAGGAAUGUUAGUCUUUCUCAUCUUUACCCUUUCCUAUACGUUGUCUUCAAUGGAUAAGGUUCCUGCAU